AUGUAUAGUGCCUUCUUAUGGUCUGGCUGUCCUACUAUCACCCACAAGGCUAAAGUUGCUUGGAAGGAUCUAUGCUGCCCAAAAGAAGAAGGUGGUCUCGACAUUCGGCGCCUCUGUGACACCACCCGACAUGGACACAAGAAUACUUACUCAAGAACAGCUCUUAGUGGGACGCCAAUGAAAAUAAAGGAUCUUGGGUUUGGCGAAAGGGAAGCUGUUGGAUAUAACAGGUAUCUAGGCAUCAGCUACCUUGGCAUAAGGCGAUUAGCAACCCUGGCUAAAGCGAGUAGCAACAAUGGUUGGAACAUUCGGAGGUGUGGACAGAGGAGAUAUCCUCAACUGUGUGAUAGCAUUGCUGCGGUUCCUACACCAGAGGAUACAGCAGGUCCUGAUAGAGUGUUGUGGAGACAUGAUCAUGAGGUUUUCAAGCCGACAUUCUCAGCUGCGCAGACCUGGAACUACUUGCGUACCAAGAGAAACAAAGUCCCAUGGCGCUAUCUCGUUGGGUUUCCUCAGGCCAUCCCUAGGCAGUCUUUCAUGGUCUGGCUCGCAUUCAAAAACAGACUCUCCACUGGAGUAAAGAUGAGAGAUUGGGGAGUUGAGCAAGGCUCAGAACGUUUGCUUGGCUCAAGGAUCACACCGGAUUGGGAUGACACCGUCACCUCUCUACUGCAGCCAGGCCGGAACAGGCUUGACAUAGUCCUUCUCCGAUUAGCUUUUCAGACUUCCAUCUAUAUUCUAUGGAAGGAAAGAAACUCAAGAAGACACAGGGGUGCUUGCGCGUCGGUGGACAUGACCACUCGGGCCAUUGGGAAGCUGGUGAAGAACCGUAUAUCUUCCCUUAAGUACAGAGGGAAUCAUAAGCUGGAGGGCCUUCUUAGGCGUUGGUUCGAGGUUUACCCCUUCUAA